GGCCUUAAUUUUAUUCGAUUAGGAGUUUUACAUUUGCUGUCGCUGUCACAACUGUAAUAACUGUCGUUAAAACGUUUAAACGAAGUGAAAAUGAGUAAUCAAAUGAAUAAACUGAGUUUGGGAAAAGACGUGAAGAAAAUUUCAAUAGAAAGUGACGAAGAAUAUGAAGAGGACUAUGAUUACAUGGUAGAUAUUACUGGCACAAUUUACCAGUUUUCGGCAAAAACUUUGACUGGCGAUGACCUAUCAUUUCUCAGAUACAAGGGAUCCGUGUGCCUUAUAGUCAACAUUGCAUUUCAAGACAAAGAAAGUUCUUCACAAUUUAAGGAAUUGAUGGAAAUUUAUACCAAAUCCCCCAGAGUGACCGGGAGAAUCAGCAACAAUAUGAAGUUACGGCGAAACUAAAGGAAACUAUCGACUUAGGCGUAGGUCUGGAAUCACCCAUCCCCUAAGGGAAAAUGGCAUUCAAAUAAGGAAAGAACCCGCCCGAAUGGCACAUCUAACCCCACCGCAAUGCUACUACCAGUACCAUAAGGGCAGGGAGUACCGGCUCAAGCUGGUUACCGGGCUCCUCACAUAGUUUCCUCUAUUGAGCGUACUAUGGGUUAGUUCUCAGCGAAUUUCUGCAGCUCAAGGGAUCAUUUUCCAUACUUCUACCGACUUGGUAUAAGUAUGGGUCCUGCCAAUGAGGAUGCUACACCUUAAAUCUCCACAUGUUGACUAAGACCAUAGCAAACUUGCUAUGUCCUGACACCACUUUCCGAAGCUAGCAACGUGCGAUAGCCAAAUCCCUAAGCGCAUGGCGUAUCCAGCCGCUUAAUGGAUUUGACAAAGUCCUUAGCAUUCAACUCUAGUAUCCGAGACAAAGCCUGAGAUCGUAGUAAAAAUGUGUGGAAGAUGUUCCGAAGAACUGGUCUCGUCAGUUACAUUGGGGUUGCCCAAAUGAGAUGAGUGUCAAGGUUUAGGAGAAUGUGGAGAUUCCAUGAACCCAAGGUGACUUAUCGGUGCCAGAGUGUAAGUAAUUCGAUUGGAAAAGGGCUU